GCGCUUUUUCCUCCCCCCACCACCACCACCAACCCCGUGGUCGCCUCCACUCGCCCACACAACAACAACAAACAAAACAAUCGCAACUAAAAACAGCGAUAAUCAUUGACUAACCACACUAUUCUCCACGCCGCCACCACUACUACCCACUCCGUAUCUUACCUCCACGUGUGUGCACUUUUGUUGUUUUCGCGCAGCCGUUCGCCACCUUGCAACGUUUCGUCGGUUUUAAGCGAGAAGACGCACGCCGCAAUCAGCCAUCAUGUCGGCGCGAGGGGGCAAGAAGAAGAUGACCAAGCUGUCGCGCUCGUCGCGUGCCGGGGUCAUCUUCCCCGUGGGGCGGAUGCUGCGGUACCUUAAGAAGGGAACCCACAAAUACCGCAUCGGCAUGGGCGCGCCCGUCUACAUGGCCGCCGUCAUCGAGUACCUCACGGCGGAAAUCCUGGAGCUGGCGGGGAACGCCGCGAGGGACAAUAAAAAGGGGCGCGUGACUCCACGACACAUCCUGCUCGCCGUGGCCAACGACGAGGAGCUCAACCAGCUGCUGCGGGGCGUGACGAUCGCCAGUGGCGGCGUGCUGCCCCGCAUCCACCCCGAGCUGCUCACCAAGAAGCGCGGAGCCAAGGGAAAGUUGGAGGCCAUUCUGCCCCCGCCCCCCAAGAAGCCCAAGGCCUCCCCCGCGGCGAAGAAGACUGCGGCCGCCAAGAAGGCGGCGGCAGCAGCAGCGGCCUCCGCAUCAUCCACCCCCAAAAAGGGCAAGAAGGGCAAGCAAGCAGAGAAGGACAAGACAGCCGAGAGCAACAAAGCGACAAACGACAGUGCCACUGAAGAUGGGCCUGGGGAGGGCUUCACCAUCCUAUCCACCAAGAACCUCUUCCUGGGACAGAAGCUGGCGCUCACGCAGAGCGAAGUCGGCAACAUCGCCAACAUCUGUGUGGAGGCGGUGGUGCACCCCACCACGGCCGAUAUCGACCUGAAGGACGACCUCGGUAGUGCGCUGGAGAAGGCCGGUGGGAAGGACUUCACGGAGUCGAUCAAGGAGCUGCGCAAGUCCGACGGGCCGCUUGACAUCGCUGCUGCGGCGGCCAGCGUGGGUGCCGGUCUCUCGGUGAAGUUCGUAAUUCACAGCCACGCGCCGCAGUGGGGCUCCGACAAGUGUGAGGAGCAGCUGGAGAAGGCAGUGAAGAACUGCCUCCUUCUGGCCGACGACAAGAAGCUCAAGUCCGUGGCCUUCCCUGCCAUCGCCACGGGCCGGAACGGCUUCCCCAAGCAGACGGCGGCACAGCUUAUCCUGAAGGCGGUGAGCGCCUAUUUCGUGGCGACCACCACGUCAUCGCUCAAGUCCGUCUACUUCGUGCUGUCGGACAGCGAGAGCAUCGGCGUCUACGUGCAGGAGCUCGCCAAGCUCGAGAGCAAUUAACCUCUCGCUUGAUGAGGGUCACGGGGGGGGGGGGGAGCGGGCGGUGGGUGCAGGUUUGGGGGGGGUGCGGGAUAGCGGUGGGAAGGGAGGCUAGGGGUCAGGAGGGGAGUUCUCGGGGAGGGGUAGGGGGUAGCGUGGCGUGAUGAGUGACGGCGCCUCUGAAGAUGCGUUGAGGAGGAGAGGCGCGAGGGUGUUGGUGCGUUUUGAGGAGCCAGCGGUGUGAGCCAGCGGCACGCUCUCCGGCCAGACUCGCGCGCGGAGGACACCCACGGGCAUAGCAGAGAACAUUGCCACAGUGGUGGGGAUAAAAGAGUUCUAUUUUAUUUUGUACGGCCGUGUAUGUUACGCUGCAGGAUUUUGGGGGUAGAGAAAAAGAACAUAUCGUCACCCAAAACUAUUUUGAAAAUACAACCCGACCCUUUUUAUAGCCGAAAGGCAUGGGGGGGGGUGGGGGGUUGCCCCCCCCUUGAUGGGAUCGUAAGGCUGGCCGCAAACAGUGUUGCGCCAUCUAACAACUCGCCUCGCAUGCAGUGUGAAGGAGUAAACGUGGUUUUUAACAAGGUAAGCACGUCGGCCGUUUGGGAAGUGAAAAUUGGCUUCUGCCUUUAAACUCAUCCGUGGGUCAGUGAUUCGGCAAAGUGGAAGUGGUUCAGAGUUGUGUGGCAAAAUGACCAGUGAAUUAUGGUGGUUACUCAUCGGAAAAGGUUAUUGGAUAACUCUCUUAUGUUGGCCUUACAAAUAACUCUAACGUAUUAUUUGGUGAUGCUGUUGGCAGCAGUGAACAGACACAACAACAAAAGCUACACAUUUUGGCCAAAGAAAAAAUGUAUAAUCCGCAACAUUUUCAGCAACUGCCCCUAUUCGUGUGCUACAAAGAACGCCCGUUGCCUGAAACGUCACCUAUUGUAUAUAUUGUUUUUCUUUUAAAGCCACAGUGUUAUUGACGAAUUGGAUUUUUUUUACAAGUACGUCAAUUCCACUAAGGUUUUUGGUAUCAUUUGAUCGUUUUUGGCUCACAUGGACCGUACAGUUGGAUCCAGAGGUAAGCCCUCUGUUGAUCUGAACGGCGAGGAAUAGCCGCUGUGUUGGAUGGGUGACGAGCGGAGCCGUGUCUGAGCUAAGCAGCUCAGCUCGGCACACUCGCACACCCCUACCCGCCGCCUGCCCUUCGUGCAGUUGCAAGUGCGCCGCGACACACGGGGUGUAGAAUUAUGACUGGUGGACGCAGGGUAGCACAGCACCUGGUGGUGACGUCUGUGAUUUUAUUUUGUGCAAGGAAAAAAGGCCAGUUUCACUAGCCCAGGCAAGCUCGGUUCAGAGCAGAAUGCAACAAACAGGCUCGUGCAGGUACGCGCUUGGGCUGUAGGUUUCUUGCUUUGUUUAUAAAAACAAAGCCCUACAUUAAAAGUAACAAGUGAAAUCACUGCAUUGUCCAGCUAUCAUGUAAGGAAUAGAUGCCAUUUGGUGCUAUCAUGGCGAGCUUAACAAGAGAGGUUUUUUUUUUUCCUUUCCUUUUCAUGGACAAAUCUUUAAACCCCGUGACGCUACAGCCUCGGUGGGUAUUUACAAACUAUAACGGUAUGAGUCUUGGUUGCUUCUUCUCUGACUUUCCACUCGGGCACGGAAAGUCGUGCUGGGCAGCGCCGGGGUGGUGUGGGUGAGCAGCGGUGGGUGGACCGUACGGAGGAGCGCAAUUCGGUGGGCGCCGUGGCAUGUGCGCUGUGUUGGCGCUGGUGUGUUGUCGGCUUGCAGUCGGCGCGUGGCUGGGUAUGGACUGGUCUGUGGUGGUCGUGUUUGGUGAGUGUUAUUCGUUAGGCCCAUAAUUGUUAUAAAUUUUAGAUGCAUGUUGGCUUAGAGCAGGAAAAUUAAAACGGCGUGAGGUGUGUGGGACGGUUGGCCGGUAGUCCAUGGGCCAGAGCAGAAAUUGACAAAUUUUAGCAGUGCCGAUGUAAUUACAGUUAUUUGCUAAGCAACUCAUUAUACAUGGUUAUCUACAUCGCUGUGUUGGGCCACGUAAAUCAAUUGGAAUCUCUGAAGUUAUGCCACGUCAGGUGGUACCGACAAGUUUCAAUGACUGAUCUGGUCCCAUCGACUACAAUGGGAGCAUGGCAGAGGGGGGGGGGGGGGGGUUCCAAACAAGAGGAAGACAAGUAGAGAAAAUAAUGUUUUUAAACAUCAAUUUGAAUUCAGAAUUAACAAAAAAAAGAAAUAAAAAAAAUAAAAAAUAGCGGACACAAUCUUAUAUAAGCAAAUCGUUUCAGUUAUUUCAAAGUUGAAAAAAAAUAUCCUUUAUAAAAAAAACACAAAAAGAGUUGAAAGCUGUAUAGAUUAAUGUACAUGUAUAUGUAGUGGUCUGUGUGUUAUGUGCAUUUUUAGAGCAUAUUGCUGUAACAUGCUUGUUUUUGUAGUAUUUUUACAUUCGACGGCUCCUGCUUUCCAAGUGCGGUGGUGACUUUGCUUUGCCCCCCCCCCCCCCUCAGUCACGGGCACCCAGGUUCGGGCCCCGUGCGAUCAAAGGCUAGGAGACUGAAGCCUGUUGGGCACUCGGCGCUGCCCGUGCAAGCGAGUCAACCGCUUUGGCGUCGAUCUCCACCUUGUUUUUACGCUUUCUUGUGUGCGCUGCUCGUGGGAGGUGGCCAAUGCUUUCGGUAAGGGGGGGGGGGGUGCCGUUCCGAUUCCAACGACCAGCGUUUGCGUAAACAGCGAGGCCAGUUGCCACUUCCGGCCGCACGGGGUUUUUUUUUUUGCGCGUCCUGAUCUCUCGUACUGGGCCGGGGCGUUCCCCGUUUUUUCCCCCGUUCCUUUGUGGCGCGCGGUGCAGUAAGCUCUCCCGUUCGCCAUCCCACAACCACCACCAUCACGGCCACCUUGGGAGUUAGGGGUCACACUCUCGCGAUGUCAGCCAGAACUUUGCUGUGAGGCCCCGUCGGAACGUUACGCCUCCCACUGCAGAGCCCCCCCCCCUGUUUCCGACUUCCCACGGGAACGUGGGUAGAAAAUCUGGCUGCGGAGGGCUCGUGGCUAGCAGUGACACGAGUGGAGGGCAGCUGCAGAGAACGGUUACCAUGGCAGCCUCGAGGCCGUGGAAACGCAAUUAUAUUAUCCAAUGAGUGGCCUGCGUGGGCAGGAGCUGUAACGUUAGGUCGGAACGGAUGGGCGGUUUGUGUUUUGAAGAGACCCACAGCUCGUCGUUUUUAGCAGGCGUCUGGUGUUUUACUCCUACUGGGGAAACGAUUUGUUUGUCUCGGUUGCUCACAGAUGGGUUGUCUUUUUACACCACAACGUUCCUCUUUGCAGUGACUGUUGUUCAGUCUGCCCAGUUCCGUGUGACAGUGGUCUUGUUCACUUAGAAAUUCGUAAGAAUUAACUAUGACGAAUAUAGGUGAACAAUAUAUUUUUGUUUUAGACUGAUUUCUGCUUUGUGUUCGGCCUUGGCGGUAUAGGUUUUAUGUUGAUGUGUGAUCUCCUGCUGUCUCUCCCCAAUUGUCAAGUUUUAAUGCCCAGCCAGAACUGGGGAGGGAUGCCAGGGAUUUGCUGUUUUAUAAACCAAUGAAAUGUUUUCCUAAAGUGUACCAUUAUAAACCUGAUCUUAACACACGCAACGUGAACACGUGAAUAGCGCCAGUCACAUCAGCUGAGUCUGUGUUGGUGUGUUAGUUUAUAAUAAAAGCCCUCCUUGGUGGAAACCACA